AUCAAACAAUUAAGCCCACUUGCUCAAUCACCUCAAGCAGCUCGUGACUAGGGCUCCCCUUCCCCUCGUACGCUCCUGACGACAGACUUCGACACGUUGCCUCAGCCGGAGUCGCCCGGAGUGUGUCAGACUCGUUCCCACCAUCGGCAUCGACGGCGGCAUUGCAUAAAUAUUCGACUCUUACUAAACCCAAUUGAAGUUAAAUAUUUUCCGUGAACAUCACCAUGUCAAACCGAGAAGUCGUUAUUGUCUCUGCUGUGAGGACACCCAUUGGAUCAUUCUGUGGAUCUCUAUCGUCUCUCAAAGCUUCGGACUUGGGGAGCAUUGUGAUCAAAGAGAGUCUUCAGAGAGCGACAUUAGAUCCGUGUCAUGUGUCGGAGGUCGUCCUGGGACAGGUCCUGACAGCAGGCCAGGGACAGAACCCAGCACGUCAAGCUGCGAUAAAGGCUGGACUACCGACAUCGGUCCCUGCUUACGUAAUAAAUAUGAUAUGCGGGUCAGGACUGAAAGCAGUGACAAACGCAUAUCUCGCCAUAAAAUCUGGUGAGCAGGAGGUGGUGGUGGCUGGAGGUCAAGAAAGCAUGAGCCAAGCACCUCAUGCCAUUAACAUGAGAAAUGGUGUUAGAAUGGGAGAUGGAGCUCUGAUUGACACAAUGAUUCUUGAUGGACUGACUGAUGCUUUCAGUAGUGUACACAUGGGGGUCACAGCUGAAAAUGUAGCAAAAAAAUUUGAAAUAGAUAGAAAGGAGCAGGACGAGUACGCAGUGAAAUCCCAACAACGAGCAGGAGCUGCCAUAGCUGCUGGUUAUUUCAAGAAGGAAAUUGUUCCAGUUACAGUUCCCUCGCGGAAAGAGCCGAUCAUUGUAUCCACUGACGAGUUCCCUAAGCCUUCUACGACAGUAGAAACUCUUGGGAAGUUGCGGACAAUAUUUUCUAAGACUGAAGGUACAGUAACAGCUGGGAAUGCCUCAGGAAUAAAUGAUGGUGCGGCAGCAGUAGUCCUGAUGCCAGCAGAAUCAGCUGCUGCGAGAGGAAUUCCAGCGUUGGCAAGAAUUGUAGCAAUAGCUGAGACCGGACUCGAGCCUGACAUCAUGGGGAUGGGACCUGUUUCAGCAGUUGAACUAGUCUUGAAAAAAGCCAAUUGGACGAAGGACGAGGUCGACCUCUACGAGCUAAACGAAGCAUUCGCAUCUCAGUCGCUGGCCUGCCUGAAAGAAUUAGGAUUGGAUCCAGAGAAAGUCAAUGUCAAUGGUGGAGCCAUUGCCUUGGGUCAUCCUAUUGGAGCCUCAGGUGCGAGGAUCCUGGUGACACUCAUUCAUUCGCUGGAGAGGACUGGAGGGAAAAGGGGAGUCGCCUCCUUAUGUAUUGGAGGAGGAAUGGGCAUUGCACUGGCUGUCGAAAGACAAUAAUGAGACUUGGGGAGUUUCUGCUAAAGUCUGAAGUCUCUCCUUUGGCUUGAUUUUUUACUAUUCAUCCAACUAUUUAUGAUUUCAUUAUAGUUCACUUUUGCGUCCACGAAUUUUCUUAUUGACAGGAACGAGUGUUCGAAUCCAAUCAAAACAGACACGAAGGCUCAAUAUACCGUAAAGCAUGAAUUGUUUAAAAAUCUCAGGAACUUUCCAUAUUGUGUAUUUUUAUACAAAUAACAAAUGAAUAAAGUCAAUGUUUUUUUACGAGGA